GGCAGGGGAUUCGAGGCAGGAGGGAGAGACUAGAGAGGGAGAGAGGGAGGGAUAGACAGACGCCAUGUUUGCUUUGUGUGGCUCAGGCAGCGGGAUGUGUACCCUGCGAUUUUCUCAGCUUUAACCACGGAACCAGAAAAAGAACAACCAUGGCAAGUGGUUUGUUGUCCCUCAAGUGGAAUAACCACCGAAGUACCUUCUUCCACAUCCUCUCCACCAUCCGGAGCAAGGAAUCCUAUUGUGAUGUGACUAUAGCCUGUGAUGGAAAAUUUUAUCCAGUACACAAACUGGUGUUAUCAACAUGUAGUGAUUAUUUUGAACAGAUGUUUGAAAGGACAAACUGUAAACAUCCAAUUAUAGUGUUAAAAGACAUUAGAAGUCAAGAACUAGAAGCUUUAUUAAACUAUAUGUAUGUUGGUGAAGUUAAUGUGCUUCAAAAUGAAUUAGCUGGCUUAAUAAAAGCAGCAGAAUGCCUUAUGAUCAAAGGCCUAGCAGUACCUGAUGAAGCUCCCUCAAAAGACAGCAAAGAAAAUAAGCGAACUUUUGUCGGGACAGAGGACAGUCCGUUGUCAAAGAGAAGAAAAAGAGAUGAAGAAAUUAGACCGUCUCCCUCUCAGAACCAACAAAUUCACAGAGAGGCGAGAGACACCACAGUGAACAGCCAAUCCCAAAGACAGUCCAGUAGUGCCUCAAUUCCAACUCCCUCCCCGACGGUGCCCAGAGUGCCGCCAAACCCCAUCUCCCCUUCUCCGUCAGCAGGAAGUGCCUCUGAGUCUGUGUCAGAGGACUGUAGUCAAGCUCAUAGUGAGGUGAACGAGCAGCCCAGCCUUCCCAAUGCACAAGAGUCAACGCAUCGGGCAGCCGAGCCGGCAUCUAGUCAAUCGCAGCAGGCAGUACCUGAGGUAAUCUUAGAUGAACCUGGUGUUAAAGAAGAACCGCAAGAAAUAGAGGAAGAAAUAACGGAUACAAAAGAGAUCUUUGAGUCACACGACUUUGAGCAUCCAGCCGAAGGGGACUCUCUGAGUGACAAAGGGCCCGGUGCUGGGGGAGGGCCAACGGCCUUUGAGCCACAGAUGUUGGGCUCACAACCUCAGUCUAUGGAGGACUUGGUAGCACAGGCCAUCCCAGGCUCUUCAGGCUUACAAGGAAACAAUGUUUCCUUGUGGGAAGGAGAAGGAAGCUUUCCUAUGGAAGGUUUUACUGGAGAUGGGUCUCGGCCUCCACAGAUGGAACAACUGCAGAGGGUGGUUGGUGGGCUGCCAAAGGUGAGCUGCAGUGGUGUCAUCACCCCACCAACCCAGCACUGCCCCCCUCACCUCCAGCCACAAUGGAGGAGCCAAGCUGCCCUCUCUGUGGUGAGGGCGGGGCAUGAGGGAAGUGGACUGUGUGCCUCCAUCACUGGGAAUAGCGGUGGUGGCGGGAGAUGGGGGGCAGAGAAGGCCUUGCCUCGCAUCCACCCUUGUCCGGUGUGUAAUAAACCCUUCACACACAAAGGCAACUUGAGGAAGCACAUCAGGGUACACACCGGAGAGAAGCCGUACGCGUGUCACGUGUGCCCAUACCGUGCCAACCAAAAGAUCUUGCUUCAGCUCCACGUACAAAAACACCACUUGCGCACCAGUUCGGAAGGAGCCAAGGAAGAAUUGUCGAGCACUUUGGAAACACCACAUGACACUAAAGCUGGGAUUGAUUUCCAGUGAUCUGUUCCAGUAAAUGAAAAGCCUCAAUAUUUAUAGUAUUAUUCAGGUUUCUUAAAUCACACCACUAAUAUUGAGUAGAAACACGUGAUAGCUAUACUUUUAUUGAAAUUUUUGGUAUUGGUCUGUAAAUUAGUUGAAAUGUAAAGAUCUCAAAGUUCGUGUGCCUAGUGAUCUGAGUUAAGGCUUCCUUGUCCAAACAGACGAGUAGUUCAGAACUCCCUGUGAACAGCCAUGCAAGAGGUCAUUCAUGUUUUAUUUGCUGUACAUGUGAGAAAUAUGUUUAGGAAAAAAAAUGACGAAACUUUACAUUUUAUAUUGGAGAUUUUAAUUGUUGGUUAACUAGAUUUGUAUUACUGUAUGAACUUUCUGGUGGGUAGUUGUUGAAUAAGGUUUAGAUGUGUCAGUGAAAUCUUAAACCAUUAAAUUCAUAUUUUGGUAAUUGGAAGUGAUUAUAUUUAGAUUCAGUGGAUUGACCUUACUCAUGACCAAUUUUUUCUUUGUAUUGAUCACAAAAUCAUGACUAUGAAGAAGGUUAAGUGUUGUUACAGAGAGCAAAAAAAAGCAAGAUAACAACAUAGGCUUUUAGUGUAUGAAGAAAGAGGCAGCAGAAAAGGUUUAUAGCUGAAAUGAGGAAACAGCAAGGUUGAUCAUAAAAUUAGAUAAUGCAUAUAUGAAUUGACAAGUUCAUAGAUUCAUGCACCACCACAAGCGUACAGUAGAGUCUGGUGUUAUGAUGAAAGGGAUACAAAACAACAUUAAGGACUUACUUAUUGAAUAUCAGGGAGAAAUAACUUGAAGGUUACAAAUAUAUUCUUCCAACAUAAAUAUGAAAUAAAAAAUGUGAAAUUGAAUGACAAGAUUCCUUCCACAUCUCGCUGCUAACCUUCCUUCGUCUUCACUUGAACAAGGUGUUUCCAGUGUAUAUAUGUACAUAACAUAACUAAUAUGCUUGUCAGUGUUCAGGUUUUCCACAUUUGUAUGUGAAGUCAGAUUGGGGACAAACCAAAGUACCGAUGAGAACCUUAAUUUGUGGACAGGAAUACAAAGGUGAUCAGUGCUUUUACUUUGUAAGAGUCAAAGUAGCACAUGAUGAUUUGGUUUGUCUGUGCAGCAGCUCCCAAGACAAUCUCUAAAUGAAGAGCACUACAUUCUGACAUAGUGAAUAUUAUUUGACACAUUUAGUGAGUGUGGUGACAACAGUUGACAGCCUUGCACACUAGAGAUGGCUUCCCAAGAUACAUGUAACAUAAUUUAUUAUGCUGCAGUAGAUUUUAUUAUGUAACAUAGAGGUAUAAUUAUGUAUUGGUUCUUUAUUUAUAUGUUAGUGGAUAUUUUACAAUUAAAUUAUGACAUUUAUUGGCAUACCAGCAUCACCGACACCAAGCCGCGUGUGUCAUUCUUAUUGACGCAAUGCAUGGUCAGAUAGCAAGCAGGCCUCACAAUGUUCAUUAUGUCACCCUUCACACCACACUUCAAAAAAAGUUUGGGAAGCUACUACGUGCUGACUGAUCAUACAGUGUUGGGAUCAUUCAUUGCAGGGCCCUCACAUAAUACAUGAGUAUAUUACCUCCUACAUUUGUACAGUGUUUCAGUAUUUUGGAAAAAUAGAUAAAUAUAAAAUGUAUUUUUAUGUACAGAAAACUAGAGAUACAUAAUAUGCAUACAUAGUCAGGGAGUGUGAUUUUGGUAAUUCAUUAGGUCAGUGCUUCAGUGAAGUGUUAGAGCCUUACCAGCAAUAUUGUGAAUGUACGUGUAAGCCUAGGCAAGGAAACAAUUUACAUGGUAGAACUUGUGUUAUUAUCUCUGUUUAUUGAGUGAAAGUGAAUUAUCAUUUUGUCCACAGUAGCCAUCACAUGACAUUUUAACUAAAUUCUGCCAUGCCUCUCUUUACUAUGGUUAUGUGGAACUGUAUAUGAAGGAGGAAAUUAAUGACAAAGUUUGAUUUACUAGGCAUGAAUGUUAAAGUUUGCAGAAAACUUCAUUGAUUCUUGGUUAGAGAGCAAACCAUACAGCCCUCCAUGAUGAGGAACACUAUUUUCACCUGAGGUGUGUGUUCCCAGCCACCUUUGACCUGUCAUGGAGAGAAGACGUAACACUUGUUGCCCAAAGAAAUAACUUAAAAUGCUGUAAUAUUAUCAUUUGAGUCUUUGUUGUUACAAAGGUUUCAUAUGGAUUAUGAUUGGUAGUAUUAUAAGCAUUAGAAAACAACAAAGUAAAUCCUAUGAAUUUCUUAUGGAAAAAAAUAUUGUUACCAGUUGAUGAUUUUUCAUAGUUUUGAUUAACUAAUAGAUAGUAGCUUUCGAAUUUGUAAAGUCAUCUUUGAGUUAGAAAAGUUAUAAUCUGAAGGCCACAGCCAAGGCUGCUUCCUUUCCUGCCUGGUGCAAGUGUCAUACUGCAGUCUGGCAGAUACUCUGGGGAAUUUUCAUAAUUCAUUUGUUUAGUUUAUUUUCUUAUUUAAUUCCAUAGAAGCAUAGCUACAUGAAUGUUGCUGAAUUACAUUAAUGAUAAUAUGCAAUGAAUUCUUACUAUUAUUGUUUUUAUAAGUAAAGUGUUAAUCAAUUUCUUCAAAAAUUUGUUUAGUGGAAAUGUGUAUGAAUAUUAUUUGUCAUAUACUUAUAACUUUUCCACUUCAAGUAUAGCUUCAGGUGAUAGUCUUCUCUUUUCUUUGCCACAGAGAAUUGUCCUGGCUUAUAGAAACAAUAAUAGCACAAUUGAAUUUAGAAAGUAACAACUAGUGAGCAGUGUGUGUUGUCACACAGGCAGCUGGUGCACUCGCACCGUGUGUUUGUUUGUCAGGUGUGGAGGACCAGGCAGAUGAGUCAUUGUGGAAGGUCAGGCGUUUGGAAGUGUGAAUGUCAUUCUUGAUAUUGAAUUUUGUUCUUUUAUGGACUUUGCUCAUACAAACGACUAUCAGAUGAGUUAUUUAUAUGACAGUAAAGCACUUAUUAAUGAAAA